AUGGCGAUCAAACACAACCAGCAGCUGCCCAACAACCACUUUCACAAGGACUGGCAACGCCGAGUUCGCGUCCACUUCGACCAGCCAGGCCGCAAAUCUCGAAGACGGGCUGCUCGUCUGUCCAAGGCCGCUGCUGUCGCUCCCCGACCCGUCGACAAGCUGAGACCCGUCGUCCGAUGCCCUACGAUCAAGUACAACCGCCGUGCGCGUGCUGGUAAAGGUUUCACCCUGGUUGAGUUGAAGGAAGCUGGUAUCCCCCGCAAGCUUGCGCCCACCAUCGGCAUUGCCGUCGACUACCGUCGCCAAACUACUUCGCAAGAAGCGCUCGCCACAAAUGUCGCCCGUCUCCAGGCCUACAAGGCUCGCCUGAUCCUGUUCCCCCGGAAAUCUGGCCAACACAAGAAGCUCGACAGCUCCGCGGAGGACGUCAAGCUGGCCGAGGAGGAGAGCAAGAUCGUCAAGAAGGUCGCAGCCACCAUCCCGAUCGACAGCGGUGUUGGCUUGAAGCAUGGCUUCAGCGAGGUUAGCAAGGGUGACCUGCCCAAGGGCGAGGAGAGUGCGUACCGCAAGUUGAGAGUGGCGAGGUCCGAUGCCAGAUUGGUCGGUGUGAGGGAGAAGAGAGCAAAGGCCAAGGCCGAUGCUGAGGAGGCCAAGAAGAAAUAG